GCUGGGGCGUCCCGCUCCGAGUUCGCUCUCCAGCACUCCUGGCAAGUGUCUGCGAGCGGAGCGCGAAGUUCUCGGCGCUCGUGGCAGCUGAACCAUCCGCACCUGCGGCGACCACGCGCCCCGCACCUGGUGCGGCUCGGUUGCGGCGUCCCGCUGUCCGCCAGGGCAUGGCGCGCGUGAAGACUGGGUCUCGCGGCCGCAAGGGCCGCCUGUGAGUCGGCGAGCAGAGGACCGAGUGGGAGCGCGAUCGCGCGCACGAUGCCUGUCCGGGCGGAGGCGAGAGCGGCUUGGCGCGCGGUGGCCCUGGCUAUGCUGCUGCUCCCCACCGUGCUUGCAGCCGUUCCGCCGCGCCCCCCGCGCCCGCUGCAGCCGAGCAUGCCCCAUGUGUGUGCCGAGCAGAAGCUGACCCUGGUAGGCCACCGCCAGCCCUGUGUGCAAGCCUUCAGUCGCAUCGUGCCCGUGUGGAGAGCAGGCUGUGGGCAGCAGGCAUGGUGCAUUGGCCAAGAGCGCAGGACUGUCUACUAUAUGAGCUAUAGGCAGGUGUAUGCCACGGAGGCCCGCACUGUGUUCAGGUGCUGUCCGGGGUGGAGCCAGAAGCCUGGCCAGGAGGGGUGCCUCUCAGAUGUCGACGAGUGUGCCAAUGCCAACGGGGGCUGUGAAGGCCCUUGCUGCAACACCGUGGGUGGUUUUUACUGCCGCUGUCCACCUGGCUACCAGCUUCAGGGCGAUGGCAAAACCUGCCAAGAUGUGGAUGAGUGUCGUGCACGCAACGGCGGCUGCCAGCAUAGGUGUGUGAAUACCCCUGGCUCUUACCUCUGUGAGUGCAAGCCUGGCUUCCGGCUCCACACAGAUGGCAGGACCUGCCUAGCCAUCAGCUCUUGCACUCUGGGAAACGGUGGCUGCCAGCAUCAGUGUGUCCAGCUCACAGUGACGCAGCACCGCUGCCAGUGCCGGCCCCAGUACCAGCUGCAGGAGGAUGGCCGGCGCUGUGUCCGGAGAAACCCGUGUGAGGAUGGCCAUGGUGGCUGUAUGCACGUAUGCCAGGCACUCCGGGGCCUUGCCCACUGUGGCUGUCACACAGGUUACCAGCUUGCUGCAGACCGCAAGGCCUGUGAAGACGUGGACGAAUGUGCCACGGGGCUGGCCCAGUGUGCUCACGGCUGCCUCAACACCCAGGGAUCCUUUAAGUGUGUGUGCCACGCAGGCUACGAGCUGGGUGCCGAUGGCCGGCAGUGCUACCGGAUCGAGAUGGAGAUUGUGAACAGCUGUGAGGCUGGCAAUGGUGGCUGCUCACAUGGCUGCAGUCACACUAGCACGGGACCCCUGUGCACCUGCCCUCACGGUUACGAGUUGGAUGAAGACCAGAAGACCUGCAUUGACAUCGACGACUGUGCCAACUCCCCAUGCUGCCAGCAGGUGUGUGCCAACACCCCUGGUGGGUACGAGUGCAACUGCUACGCUGGCUACCGGCUCAGUCCUGAUGGCUGUGCGUGUGAGGAUGUUGACGAGUGUGCCUCUGGUCAUAGCAGCUGUGAGCAUCACUGUGCUAAUCUGGCUGGCUCCUUCCAGUGCUUCUGUGAGGCUGGUUACCGGCUGGACGAAGACCGCAGAGGCUGCACCCCCCUAGAGGAGUCCGUGGUAGACCUGGAUGGCCAGCUGCCCUUCGUGCGGCCCCUGCCCCACAUCGCGGUGCUGAGAGAUGAGCUGCCACAACUCUUCCAGGACGACUAUGGGGCCGAGGAGGAGGCAGCGGAGUUGCGGGGAGAACACACGCUCACUGAGAAGUUUGUCUGCCUGGACCACUCCUUUGGCCAUGACUGCAGCCUGACCUGCGAUGACUGCAAAAAUGGAGGGACCUGCUUUCCGGGACUGGGUGGCUGUGACUGCCCAGAGGGCUGGACAGGGAUCAUCUGCAAUGAGACUUGUCCUCCAGACACCUUCGGGAAGAACUGUAGCUCUCUCUGCACCUGUCAGAAUGGUGGGACCUGUGACCCUGUGUCAGGAGCCUGCCGCUGUCCCCCGGGUGUCAGUGGAGCCCACUGUGAGGAUGGCUGCCCCAAGGGCUUCUAUGGCAAACAUUGCCGUAAGAAAUGCCACUGUGCUAACCGGGGCCGAUGCCACCGCCUCUAUGGGGCCUGCCUCUGUGACCCAGGACUCUACGGCCGCUUCUGCCAUCUUGCCUGCCCUCCCUGGGCCUUUGGCCCCGGCUGUUCUGAGGAUUGCCGCUGUGAGCAGUCACACACACAGUCCUGUAACCCAAAGGACGGCAGCUGCUCCUGCAAGGCUGGCUUCCGGGGCGAGCGCUGCCAGGAAGCGUGUGAGCCAGGCUUCUUUGGGCCAGGCUGCAGACACCAUUGCUCCUGCCCACCGGGUGUGGCCUGCGACCCUGUGAGCGGCGAUUGUCGGAUGCAGUGUCCUCCUGGCUACCAGGGGGAGGACUGUAGCCAAGAGUGCCCAGUAGGAACGUUUGGUGUGAACUGCUCAGGUUCCUGCUCCUGUGUGGGGGCUCCCUGCCACCGGGUCACAGGACAGUGUCUAUGCCCACCGGGGAAGACGGGGGAGGACUGUGGAGCAGAUUGUCCCGAGGGCCGUUGGGGGCUUGGCUGUCAGGAGAUCUGCCCUGCGUGCGAACACGGUGCCAGCUGUGACCCUGGGACUGGAGUCUGCCUUUGCCUCCCUGGCUUUGUUGGUAGCCGCUGCCAGGAUGCUUGCCCAGCUGGCUGGUUUGGAACUGGCUGCCAGAUGAGGUGUGCUUGUGCCAACGACGGACACUGCCACCCAGCCACUGGCCGCUGUAGCUGUGCUCCAGGGUGGACUGGUCUCAGCUGCCAGAGAGCCUGUGACAGCGGACGUUGGGGACCCGAUUGCAUCCACGCUUGCAACUGCACUGUGGGCCAUGGGAGCUGUGAUGCCACCAGUGGCCUAUGCCUGUGCGAGGCUGGCUACGAAGGUCCUCGGUGUGAGCAGUGGUGUCGCCAGGGGUACUUUGGGCCUAACUGUGAACAGAAGUGCAAGUGUGAGCAUGGGGCCACCUGUGACCGUGUCAGUGGGGCCUGUACCUGCCCGGCCGGCUGGAGGGGCAGCUUCUGUGAGCAUGCCUGUCCCGCUGGCUUCUUCGGGUUAGACUGUGCCCAUGCCUGUAACUGCUCCGCUGGGGCUACCUGCGAUGCUGUGACCGGCUCCUGCAUCUGCCCAGCUGGCCGCUGGGGCCCACAAUGCGCCCAGACUUGCCCAUCCCUCACUUAUGGGCUUAACUGCAGCCAGAUUUGUACCUGUUUCAACGGGGCCUCCUGUGACCCCGUCCAUGGGCAAUGCCUCUGUGCCCCUGGCUGGAUGGGACCCACCUGCCUGCAGGCCUGCCCUGCUGGCCUGCACGGCAAGGACUGUCAACAUUCCUGUCUGUGCCGCAACGGAGGGAGCUGUGACCCCAUCUCCGGCCAGUGCACAUGCCCAGAGGGCUGGACCGGCUUGGCCUGUGAGGAAGAGUGCCUUCCUGGACACUACGGAGCUGGCUGUCAGCUCAGCUGCAGUUGCCUUAAUGGAGGCGUAUGUGACCGGCUCACAGGGCACUGCCUCUGCCCAGCCGGCUGGACUGGGGACAAGUGUCAGAGCCCCUGUGCCAAGGGCAUGUUUGGAGUUCACUGUGAAGAGCAUUGUACCUGCCGGAGAGGUGCCACAUGCCACCAUGUCACCGGGGCCUGCCUCUGUCCCCCAGGAUGGAGGGGCUCACAGUGCGAGAAUGCCUGCCCACGUGGCUGGUUUGGAGAGUCCUGUGCACAGCGAUGCCGCUGCCCACCUGGUGCCCCCUGCCACCAUGUUACUGGGGAGUGCCAUUGUCCCUCUGGCUUCACUGGACCUGGCUGUGAGCAGGCUUGCCAGCCUGGCACCUUUGGAAAGGACUGUGGGCACCUAUGCCAAUGUCCUGGUGAGACCUGGACCUGCCACUCUGCUUCAGGGGCCUGCGUAUGCGCUGCCGGUUACCAUGGCACCGACUGUCAGCAACGAUGCCCACCUGGGCGCUAUGGGCCAGGCUGUGAACAAGUUUGUAAAUGUCUCAAUGGUGGCUCCUGCGAUGCGGCCACGGGAGCUUGCUACUGCCCUGCUGGAUUCCUGGGGUCUGACUGCAGCCUUGCCUGUCCCCAGGGUCGCUUUGGCCCCGACUGUACCCAUGUGUGUGCGUGUGGGCAAGGGGCGGCCUGUGAUCCUGUGUCAGGGACUUGUGUCUGUCCUCCUGGGAAGACUGGAGUCCAUUGUGAACAUGGGUGUCCCCAGAAUCGCUUUGGCAAGGGCUGUGAGCUUGAGUGUGCCUGCAGGAAUGGCGGCCUGUGUCAUGCUACUAACGGCAGCUGUUCCUGCCCGCUGGGCUGGAUGGGGCCACACUGUGAGCAGGCCUGCCCUGCUGGGCACUAUGGUGCCGCCUGCCUCCUCAAGUGCUCCUGUCAGAACAACGGCACCUGUGAGCCCACCACGGGGGCCUGCCGCUGUGGUCCUGGCUUCUAUGGUCCAGCUUGUGAGCACUCCUGCCCCCCUGGCUUCUACGGAUCUGGUUGCCAGGGAGUCUGUGAGUGUCAACAGGGAGCCUCCUGCGACCCUGUCAGCGGCCAAUGCCUCUGCCCCGCUGGCUUCCACGGCCAGUUCUGCGAGAAGGGGUGCCAUCCAGGCUUUUUUGGAGACGGCUGCCAGCAGCAGUGUGACUGCCAGAAAGGGGUGCCCUGUGAUCCCGCCAGCGGCCUCUGCCUUUGCCCACCGGGGCGUACAGGAGCCACAUGUGACCUGGAUUGCAGAAGGGGCCGCUUUGGGCCUGGCUGUGCCCUGCACUGUGACUGUGGGGGUGGGGCUGACUGCGACCCCAUCAGUGGGCGGUGCCAUUGUGUGGACGGCUACACAGGGCCCACUUGCCGGGAAGUGGCCACACAGCCAUCCUCCGGCAGACCGGCACCCCAGCGACCCAGCAGCAGGGCCAUGAAGCAUUAGCUCAUGGAAGUCCCACAGAGGACCACUACCAUGUUCCAGCCCAAGGGACUGAGAGGACAUGUGUGGAUGUAGGACUCCUGGAUCCACACCUCCUCCGGAAAGCGAUGGAUCUCUGUGGAUGGUCACACAGCUACCUACCAAGGCCUCGUGGCUUGGGGAAGAUGGCUGUGGUGAACGCAAGGAGCCCAGGGAAGAGGACCAGGCCUCAGGCCUCCAUGUACACGGGCACCCUGUGGGCUGUGCUGAAGAAUCCUGGUUCUUUAGGGACCUGGGUUGGGACCAAGGCAGGAGUAGGCGAGGCCCCACCUGCCUGACAGGUCCUUCUGGUGCUAAGGCCGCAGACCGCUGCAGCCAGCCAACUGUUUACCUGGAAACGCCGUCUGGCCCGUAUUUAUGUAAAGGUAUUUAUGGGCAAUUCCACUUGCCAUCGCGGCCCUGGGUCAGCUGGAAGCUACCCCAUCCCGGAAGCUUGGACUCAGGCCGCUGGGCCAUGGGAUCUCCAGUUUUGUAAAGUCCUGAGAGUUAAAGGCACACUGGUGUCUUCGUGGCCUGGGUUUUUGUGCUUUUCAUGGACUCGGUGUGGGUCCUCCCAAGAGCAGCUGGCUUGCGGGCUCUCACAUGGGAGCCUCCCCAGCCAGGAGGCCCAGGUGGGUUCUGUGCCCCUCUCUAAUGGCAGGGAUUCUUCUGGCUCCUGGCCAAGGAGAACACACUGGUGCCUAAGACACCUCCAGAGAGCUAGAAAGUCUUCCAGUAGGAAGGACGUCUCAGAGAGAGAGGGCAGGGCAGGGCUGGCGUGGAAGGGGAUCCAUGCUUAACCCAAACAGCCCACCCAGCAGGGUGAGGGACAGGCAGUAUCGCAGGAGCCAGGGCUCCCCAUGGAUUGAGGCUGAGGCCGCAGGUGUAGCCCAGAGCAGAGCUGUUGCGGGGGGGGGGACUCCAAGGACAGCAAAAAUUGAGGGAGAGCUGGACUUGGAUCUGAGACUCUGCCCCCACCUCCCACCUGGAGUAGUCUCUUGUUUGGAUCUAGGUAGUGGCUGCCUCCUUCCUCUCUCCCACAGAAGUUGAGGCAGCCAAAACCUCAGGGCACCACGUGGGCUCCAGUGGGAUGGGCAGCAGCGGAAGCCACGCCCGUAGGCCACUGCACACAGACUUAGAGGCAGAAUGGACAGGAUACUGAGUGGAGAAUAGCUUGCAGGCAGUGUGGGAAUGAAGGGGGAAUUCUAAAGUGCCCAGAGUGAAAAAGGGUUCAGAAUCAGGCGGACAGAAAGUCUACAGGGGGAAGGCAGGCGACCAGGAAAUGGUGAUGUCCUGUCACUGGUAUUGAAAAAUUAGCUCGAUUUUAUAUCCAGCUAAACUAUCGCCACGCCCGCAGGUUCACCCAUGAUUCUAAUUUGGAAAUAACCUGGGAGGAGCUCUGGAGGGAGCCGUGGGAGACCACGCAACACAGUUCCUACAGUGCCAUCACGAAGAGAACUGAAGUUGGCCUUGUAACCCAGGUGCAGGUCAACCGCAGACUGGUUCACCAUGGAGGAGGUGUGAGAGAAGUUAGAGACCGGGCAUCGCUGGUCCCGUGAGUAACAGGCCAGGAGGCAGCAGCUGCAGCCAGCACAGGAGGGUGAUGGGAGUGGUCCAGGGACAGGAAGAACUAGGGAAGGGAAAGGGCAGGCUAGCAGGACCUAAGCAGACAUAGAUCCAGACUGCACUAAAAAUCCUACGAUCUCAGCUGGCAAGGGGGACCGGGGGAAAGGCACCUGCUGCCAAGCCUGACAGCCUGAGCCUGCUUUCCACAUGGUGGAAGGGGAUUGGUGACUUCUGCAGGUUGUCCUCUGACCUCCACAUGCGUACCUCCUGACAAAUAAAUGUAAUUUUAAAAGAAUUAAAGAAAGGCGUCUAGCUUGUAAAGACACAGCUGGAAGGUAGAAACACAACCAUAGCAAGAAGAGCAGAAGGAGGUCUUAAAAACAUGUUCAAAAAAGGUUUAUCUUUAGUACACGUAUGCGCCUGUGAGUGGGGCUGCCUGUGGAGGCCAGAGGCAACAGAUCCUGGGGAGAUGGAGUUAUAGGACCAUGGCCUGCUUGACGUGGGUACUAAGAAUUGCAUGCAGGUUCUAUAAGCAAUAUUGCUCUUAACCACUGAGCCAUCUCUUCAGCCCCUGGGGAAGGCGUUUUACUGUUGUGAUGGUGCAAAGCAUUGUGGGCUGUCUAUGCACAUGCAUGCACAUGUAUGUACACACACACACAC